AUGCUGACAUUUUUGGUGUUGGGGUUACUGCUUCUCCCUCAAGCAGUAAGCAGGAUAUCUGCUGUUAAAUGCACAACGAGUGAGCCUAUUCCUAUUCUUCACAAGUAUUUUCAGUCAGGGGAGCUCACUAUUGCUGGCAUAAUUUCUCAGAUCUACAUCCUUUAUGAUCCAAUCAAAUUUGAAAGACAUCCCUAUCAGGAGCUGAUUGAUGAUUUCAUGCUACUGACACAGAACUACCAGCACAUUUUGGCCUUGGUAUUUGCAGUGAAGGAAAUCAAUGACAACCCCCAAAUCUUACCCAACAUCACUCUCGGCUUUGACAUCUAUAAUCAUUACUUUAAUCCACAAUUCACAAGUCAGGCAGCAUUAAAAGUUCUCUCCACACACGACAAAUUCAUCCCUAACUACAAAUGUGAUGUCGAGAACAAUCUGGUAACUGUCAUUGGGGGACCCAAUUCCAACAUCAUUGGACAUAUUGCAACCAUACUGGGCAUCUACAAGUUUCCACAACUGAUAUAUGCCUCUGCUUCAGAGACAAAUAACAAUGCUGAGGAUGCUUUCUUCCACUGGAUGUUCCCAAAUGGGGCCCAUCAGUAUAGGGGGAUCCUCCAGUUAUUGUUGCAUUUCAGGUGGACAUGGAUUGGAGUCCUUUACCUUGAUGUGGACAGUUCAAAGAUAUUUGUACAGAAGGUGCUUUCCACGUUUGUCGAUAAUGGUAUUUGCUUUGACUUCAUCAAAACCAUACCAGAUAUAGGAUUUUCUAAUCAACUAUCUGAAAUGGCAGAGAAGGCAUGUGAAAUUAUAAAUAUUACCAUGGAAAGCACAGUCAAUGCAGUGAUCUUCCAUGGCGACUUUCAGGCAAUGUUAAGCUUAAGAAUCUUGCUCAGGUUCUCACAAUUUGAGGAUGUACCAGUGAAGAUGAAGGUCUGGAUUAUGACAGCAGAUGUGGAUUUCACAUCAAUUCCUAUUCAAAGAAGCUGGGACAUUCAUUUCAUCCAUGGAUCUGUAUCCCUUGCAAUCUCCUCAAAGGAGGUGGCGGGAUUCCAGGAAUUUCUGCAAAUGAGGAACCCAACAUUGGAAAAAGAGGAUGGUUUCCUGUGGGACUUCUGGCAAAAGGUAUUUGAUUGCUCGCUCCCCAGCUCUGAUGAAGACAAGAGGGAUGGAAAUAAUUGUACUGGGGAAGAGAAACUGGAGUCUCUUCCUGGAUCUGUUUUUGAAAUGAGCAUGACUGCCCACAGCUACAGCGUCUACAAUGCCAUCUAUGCUGUGGCACAUGCUUUGCAUGCCAUGUAUUCUUCCAUAUCAAAGCACAGGACAGUGAUGAAUGGAGAUAGAUGGAAGGACCAGAAUAAGAAUUCAUGGCAGACAAACCCUCUUUCAGUAUGUAAUGACAAUUGCCUUCCUGGCUAUCACAAGACAAAGAAGGAAGGAAAACCAUUUUGCUGUUAUGAUUGUCAUCCCUGUCCAGAGGGGAAGUUUGCAAACCAGAAGGAUAUGGAUAGCUGUUUUCAGUGUCCAGAGAGCCAUUAUCCAAAUAUUAACAGGGAUUUCUGCCUCCACAAAGCUAUAACCUUCUUGUCUUAUGAAGAACCUUUGGGAAUAGGUUUGGCCAUUGCUGCCCUCUCCCUUUCUCUCAUUACAGCUCUGGUGCUGGGAACCUUUAUGAAACACCACAAGACGCCCAUUGUCAAAGCCAAUAACCAGAGCCUUUCCUACACUCUCCUCGUCUCCCUCCUGCUUUCUUUCCUUUGUGCUUUUUUAUUCAUUGGUCGACCCAAUGCAGUGACAUGCCUCCUUCGACAAACUGCUUUUGGCAUCAUCUUCUCGGUGGCUGUUUCUUGCAUGUUGGCCAAAACCAUCACCGUGAUUCUAGCUUUCAUGGCCACCAAGCCAGGAUCCAAAAUGAGGAAAUGGAUGGGGAGGAAAGUGUCUGCCUCUAUUGUCCUUUCUUGCUCCCUUAUUCAAGUCACUCUUUGCACUGGCUGGCUGGCAUCUUCUCCACCGUUCCCAGAAUUGGACAUGCAUUCAGCUGUUAGUGAGAUCAUUGUGCAAUGCAAUGAAGGGUCAGGUGUAAUGUUUUAUUGUGUAUUGGGCUUCAUGGGUUUCUUGGCUACUGUCAGUUUCACUGUGGCUUUCCUAGCCAGGAGCUUACCAGACACUUUCCAGGAAACUAAGUCAAUCACCUUCAGCAUGCUAUUGUUUUGCAGUGUUUGGUUAUGCUUCUUUCCCACAUACUUGAGCACCAAAGGCAAAUACAUGGUGGCUGUUGAGAUCUUCUCCAUCUUGGCUUCUGGAUCAGGAUUACUGGGUUGUGUCUUUUUCCCCAAGUGCUACAUCAUUUUGCUGAGGUCUGAUUUGAACAAAAAGGCACAUCUAAUAAAAAGAAUGUGUUAA